GCAAAACAUUGUUCGGAUUGGCUAGUUAUAACUUGUGUGUUUCUGCGUCAGAAGAUAGAGCUUAAGUCUGUGCAGACGUUUUGGGUAAGUAAUUCGUUCAAGUAUUUCUCUGCGUAACAAGCAAUUAGCCGUCUAAUAGUGUACGCAUGCAUGCCAUUGUUCAAACUGUGAAUGACGAUGAGUUUUUCGUGCACUCUGGCCUAUUGUGAGUCGAAUGUCAAGUAUCCUUCUGCUUGGUCGACGUCGGUGCAAGCAAGCAACCAGUCAUGAAUCGGGACGAUUCAAACAACGUCGAUUAACCGACUACCCGUCUAGCUCAGACUCUGAAAGCAUAAAGUCAAGUGUUGAGCUUAUUACAAGCCACAAUCUUCGUAACAGCAACACAGUUUUGACCAAAAAGUCGGACACGCGAACCCAGCAGUGCCUCCAUGAUUGGUCCAAAAUCCUUCCGCGUCUGGUACAACGGGUCGUUGGUGCGCUUAACAAAGGCACGCAUCACUUAUCAAACCAUGCACUACACUGGACAGCAAACGAGUACCAACGGUCAUGUGAACUUUGAAUUUGACCCGCCUUCAUCGAAGUGCGGUAUACAGCUGUGUGCCGCCUACCACUCACCAGUGGAUAUUUGUGGAGUCACCCAUGCUGACCCCCAAUUAUUCCCUACUCAGCUAUCACACAUGGUCACCUCCCUUGGUGUGAAGCUAAGCGACUGGCAUAUCCAUUGUAUAGAACAUCGGGAAAAGGGGGACUGGCAGGGAGUAGAUCGGUGUUAUGAUGACCAUAUGCUGCAAACGAAAUGAAUUAGCUACCAAAACUUUCGAAACUUUACUGCAGCAUUUUCACGUGAACAGAUUUUUUAUGCUGUGUGCUACCGGGAACCCAUUUAUUUGCAUUCCAUUUGAACCGUUAUGAGGGUCGCACUAGAUUGCCAUUGCCAAAGAGAUUUG